AUAUGUUGAUUUGUUUACAUUUCCAAUCACAAGGGUUGACUUGUUAUUUGUUGUUCUUUGAGUUAAUUGUGAUAAUUUGACGAUUAAUUUUCGUUUAACUGUGAUUAUUAUUCUCUCUAAUUGUUAAUUAACUACCAGAGAAUCUGAAAAUCUGUAAAAUCAAUCAAUAGUAUCAUGAAUAGUUCACCUUGUAAUUCAAUUCUUAUUCUAAAUGAUGAUUGUCUUCAUCACAUUUUCUCCUACAUUGUUAAUAUCCGAGAGAGAUUAAGACUAAUUAGAGUUUGUAAAAGAUUCGAGCAAUUAAUUGAAUGUGGAUUAAAAACCGAUGCAGUUUAUUUACACAUGAAAAAUAUUCUCUAUCCAAGUGAAUUUAAUGAUAUAAGAAAAUAUGAAUCAAUCAAAUUCAAAAGUAGCCAAUUGUUUGGUGUCUGUCGUAAAAUCAUUGAAUUUCACAAUGAGAUAUUGGAUUUUACUGAUGAACAAGAUGGACUUCUUGGUUUCUCCGAUUCCGAUGUUUCCGGUUUAUCGUUUGUCGAUAAAUUGGUUCUUAAGGCUCGUCACACUUCCCGAUUCAAAUCAAACUGGACAAUGGACACAAUUGAUUCAGAUUAUGCUGAAUUUAAAUGGCUUCUAUCCCGAUGUGUCCAGUUGAAAACUCUCCAUGCAUUUGAUUUCCAUUUGGAUUCGUUUGUAUUGGAAAUGGUUCCCAAAUCUUUGCUUCAUCUCAGUUUGAUUAAUAUCUCAUUUGAUCCGAAAGAUUUUGAACAAUUUUUAUCAACUCAUGGUCAACAAUUAACUGGCUUUAAAUAUUCACGGAAAUCAGCAAUACCCUUGGAGUUUGACCGGACCAUUGUUAACCUUAUUUCUCAAUAUUGUCACAAUUUGGAAAAACUUGAACUCACCUUAACUUAUCCCGAGUUAAUCUAUUUUGGUUCAUUUAAAAAGCUUAAUCAUCUUACAAUUGAUGGAACUGGACGAUCAAUUGUCUUCUAUGAAUAUGCAAUUCAAAAUUGUCCAAAUUUGACCUCGUGUAAAUUGACCUUCAAAGUUUUACCAUCAACAGAAACAUUGACCCGAUGGAAUAACAUUUUCCCAAACCUCAAAGACAUUCAAUUUCAACCUGAGCAAACUUGUUAUUUAGCCCUUUGUAUGUGAGAUUAUUUUACCAUCAUCACCAUUAACAUCUUCAAAUUAAUCAUCAAUAAACUCCAAGGGUAAAAGGUCAUCUAAAAAACAACAACAAACAAAAUGGACAACAAAAGAUGAGGUCAAGAAAAAAAGUUAUCGAAACAAAAAAAAAAUAGAAAAACAAUAAACUUUGAAUUGGAAAAUUCGUCAAUCGAAUCACAUUUAUACUCAACAAUUAACACUUACCGAAGCUUCAUCUCUGUAUCUCUGUAAAACGACAAUUUAAAUGAAAGUCAAUUAAAAGAAUUAAUCAAUUAAA